AUGCUGAAAACAUCAGACCUGCUCCUUCUCCUCUGUCUUGUCGGGGCUUCAAGCGCCCUGUACAAACAGUGGAUUCCUGACACCAACUAUGAGAACAAGACCAACUGGGACAAAGGUGACGUCCCGUGCGGCAGCGACACAGUUCAGUUUCCAGCUCAGAGGAAAGUGUCUGUGUUUGUGGAGACGUCACACGCUGUGCGGGAGAUGAGGCUUCCAGUCGAUGGGGAGUUCAUCCUGAACUCUGGAGCUGGGUUUUAUGUCGUCAGCGGACAAGAUCCAGGGUGUGGGCCGGGUGUUCCAGCCAAGUUUAAAGAUUCAGAGUCUCUUGAAUGGUUCGACCCAGCUCUCUGGCAAGCGGCUGCAACCCUGGAUGACCUGCAGAAAGGACAAGUCUUAUUCUCCGUUCACGAGGAGAGCGUCCCAUGCCAGCAUGACGAUGUGGUUUUCAAAGAACUCUCCUCCUUCAGGGUGCACACCACCAGCACGAGUCAGGCUAGCAUUCCUGUCAAAUCUGUGUCAGUGCUUGGAAAGAAGUUUGUGAGCAAUUCUGAGUUCUCGCAGUAUCUCGGCUCACGCUCAGGCCGCCUGCAGUUUCACGGGUCUUCUCCAGUCACUGUUGGAAACUCAGGAUGUGGGGAUCCUACCGGCUGUGAUUGUGGGAACUCUGCAAACCACAAGCAGAUCUGUCGCGCUGUUAAAUGUGGAUCUCUGAGCUGCAAGACGCCCCUCUCCCCCGUCGGACACUGCUGUGAUGUAUGUGGUGCGAUUAUCACCGUCAAGUUUUCCACGACUUUCAACUUACAGAACUACAGGCAGCGGAUCCAUCACCUAUUUCUCAUCAAUCCUGAAUACAAAUCCAUCCAGCUGGGCAUGUCCAAAGUCUUCAAGUCGCAGAAAUUGAUAGGGAUCAUCCCUUUUGGUACCACGCCUGAGAUCCAGGUGGUUGUCUUGGAUGGAGACAAGGGAACACUGGCAGAAAGUCUGGCCUGGGACAUCGUGCAGGAUGCUCGUACUCAAGGCGCCACCAUCGGAAUCACCGGGGCUGAAUUUCAAGCCUCCUCUGGGGGCAGCAGCCAGUCGGGCAGCAAUGCUGGGGUUGUUGUUGGAGCAGUGUUUGGGGUUUUAAUUUUGAUCUCACUUGUUGUUGUUUUGGUUGUUUUAGUUCGUAGAGGGUUUGUUCAUUUGCCACAGAUGCCUUCGAUGCCCUCGAUGCCUUCAAUGCCUUCAAUGCCUUCUAUGCCAUCGAUGCCUUCAAUGCCAUCUCUGAGCAGAUUCAAGAGAAACAGUGACAUUGGAGAGCUCGGCGGAGCUAUUGACCACGGCUAUGACAAUCCCAUGUUCGACAGGCCCCACCUGAUGCCUGAAAUCCCCGGUCUGUAUGGAAAUGGAGCAAAUUCUCCAAUCUCAAUGACCCAGACAGGUGUGCACUUUGUGAAUCCAGCUUAUGAUGAGAAUGAAACGGAUUUUAAUGCCUGA